AUGUCUGGGCGCCAGGUGAGACUUCCCAACACUCACAGCCACUUGAACCAUCCCAAGAAUGUGUCCUUUCGAAUCCCGACUCCAGGCUGUUUCCAAAGCCCUGAGACAAAGCCUAUCAGCCUCAAACGUCCUCGCACCCCAAAGGCCUGGGAGUUAAGCAGCUGCAACAACUCUUCGGAACAGUCCGACAGCCCCAGCUCCCCUCCACUUCCAAUGAGGAGAAUCUGCACGGGCCAGCCAUACUCCUCCAAGCUCAUAGAGACGGGCUACCCGAAGAACCGCCCCAAGAUAGCCAGAAAGCCCUGUUACCGUGACAGCCCCCACUGUCUGCUCUGCACAGAUGGUCCCUCAGACCACUCCAGUCCCUCCUUUCUGGACCAACUCAUCAGAGGCAUCAACUACCUUGACAGAUCCAUCAGCUGCUCCCAAUCACUGAACCUGCCAAGGCUCGCAGUCAACUACCUAGAACAGGCUGCUGGCUCCUACCUGGAUCACCAAGACCACUCCUCUCCCUGCAGUUACUCCAAACCCAGCACCACCAAGGUGCCAACCACCAAGGGUGUCAAUGCUUUGCGAUCUGUGGAUGGUGCCGUCAACACAAGUUGCUCACAUCAGUUUCGUAGCCAGAACCCCCCUCCGACGCAGCCACAGAGACAAGAGAUAAAGUUGCCUGAGCUCCCUUUGUUUGGCAACAAGAUGUUUUCUUUAGGUCGCCUGCCCAAGUUCUGGGAUGAACUCCGCUCGUGUUGGAAUGCCCCUCUUGAACCCACCUCCAAACCUGGUAACUGGUGGUAA